CAAAAAAAAUUUAGAAAUCCAAAUUUUCAAAUCUAGCUUUCUCUCUCCUUUUUCUAUCUCUUAAAAUGGGUGAGAUCAAGCUAUUUGGCCAAACAAUAGUAUUGAAAGUUAAGCAAGAAGAAGAACAACCAUACAACAAUGAUAAUGAUGAUCAAUCAAGUGAUCAUGAUCAUGAUCAAUCAAGUGAAGAUAAAAACAAGAUGAGACCAGAUAAGAUAAUCCCAUGUCCUAGGUGCAAAAGCAUGGAGACUAAAUUUUGCUACUUCAACAACUACAAUGUUAAUCAACCUAGGCACUUUUGCAAGGGCUGUCAACGUUAUUGGACCGCCGGCGGAGCGCUCCGUAACGUUCCUAUCGGUGCUGGUCGAAGGAAAAAUAAGCUGCCGGGAAGAAACGGCGGCUUGUUUUCCGAUAAUGGAUGCUUGAUUGAAGGGUUGAUGAAUGAUAUUGAUGAAUGGCAAGUUGCUGCUGCUAUGGCUGCCGGUGGUACUUUUAGUCAUGGCUUUCAGGUUAAGAGGAGGAGGAGUGAGUCAACUAGUCAAACUUGUUGAUUAUUUUUUUUAGGGUUGUUUUUAAAUCUGUUUUUUAAAUUUUUAUAAUUAAUUAGGUAAUUUUUACUUUGUUUAAUUAUUUGAAGAUCAAUAAUUAAUAAUUUGGAAGGGUAAAAAAAGAGGGGCAUUAGAAGAGAUUAUUGUUCAUGAAUUUUUGGUGUAUAUAUAAUUAGGCAUUAAUUAUAUUACUCAUUAGCUUGAUUAAUUUGUGUCUUUUUUGAGGAAAAAAAAAAAGAAAAAAAAAGCUCUUGGAUUAAGUCUCCUUUGUGUUAUAUAAUUCAAAGCAUAAGGAUUAUGUGAGUAAAUUGUUGAGUUUGAUUUACAUAAAAUAAUGGGAAAUUUGCCUUUUUUUUAUUAUUAUUAUAGUAUAGGUAAAGGAAAGGGUAAGAUUAAAUGAAAAUCAAUCCUAAAACCUUAAAAAAGAGGUUUUUGUUCUCUAACUGAUCCAAGAUUAAUGAUCUGUUAUUUUAUUAAUUUCUUAUGUAAUUUGUUUUAUGGAGAUUUAUAUAAAAAAUUUGAUAAAAUACUAUGAGUUUUAUUUACAACUCAUUCAGGUGUGCACGUAGAGAAUGAAAUUAUAUAUGAGAGAUAAAUUUAUCAAAAUAAAUUAAUUCAAAAUAACCAAAUCUCUUGCUUUUAUUUAUUGAUGAUUAUGUUUGUUAUAAUGGUUGAGAGUUUUUCUUUUCGCCAGUUAUUAUAAGUUGAUUUAGUGAUUGAGAGUUUUUCUUUUUAUGUGUUUUUUUUUAAUAUUUUAUGAGUCCUAGGCAAAUAUUUACCUUAUCAAUGAUCCGAAACGGGCUCUCUGCUAUUUGUGUUAGGACAUAAACCAUAAUGGAGAAAGUAUUUAGAUUAGAUGCUAUUAUUAGAUGAUUUUGAGUAGAGAUUUUGAAAAGAUAUGAUGAUAUAUAUGAAUAGUUGACCAGCUGGUUAUAAGUUACAAGUGGAUUAUGAAGAAUAUAUGCCAGAUAAGAGAGGCCUAAUAAUAAUCUUAUAGUAUAAGAUAUAAUAAGUAUAUUAUUACAUUGAUUCCUUUAGAUUAGAAGUACAUGCUUACUGCUUUGGGGAGUGAGUAAUGGCCAGUGAUUCUUCUUUUUAUUUUCUUUUAUGCUGUCUUUCUUUUCCUAGCACUUGCGCAAGGGAAACUUUACAUUUACAUUAUACCAACUCUA